AUGGUGCAAUUGGUCUCCUUCUUUCCUCUUCAAACAGUGCCGAUUGGGUUCGGCUGGGAAGACCGAAAUAUGUCGGUUCUGUCGACCACCACCGCAUUCCGGACCGGCAUAGAUAAACGAGACACCUUUCUGGGAAAGAGGCGUUGCAUUGUCUGCGGUAGGAUUGAGACAGACAUUCUCGACCAUUGCUAUAUCAUUGGUGAAGAAGAGGACGAUUUUUGGACCAAACUCAAGGACCGCAAAUGGAUUCCGGAGAAGGUCAAAGAGCAUCCCGGACAUGAACCACGCAAUGGCUUGACCAUGUGUGUUCUGCAUCACCGCUUUUUUUAUAGAUAUCGUUUCUUUAUACGGUUCCUACCCGACUCUCGCAAGUUCGUGUUCGUCAAUCACUCUGGAAUCGACUCGCUUCAGCAGUUCCACGGCAAGGCCAUUGCGCUGGACAUUAGAGAUCGCUACGUGCCCUUCCCUUCCUUGUUUAUCAUUCACGAAGAGCGCGUCCGUGGAUUCAACCCCUUCAGCCCUGUAGCCCUAGAGUUGCCCAAUAACCCUGAAUGGCAAGACUGGAUCUUGUCGGACGGUGUGGUCAAUGAGUCGGGUACUUUCAAUCGUAAUCUUCCGCCAUCCAGCAGCACCAGCAAUAUCGCUUCACCGCAACCGCCGCAGUUCCAACGUUCCGCAGAGAGCGUAGGCAGCACACCGUCGGGCGUACGCAGACUAGUGCUCAACGACGACGUGAUUGCUGAGAUUCUCGCGGCAACGCACGCCUCUCCGUCGUGGAAGGCUUGUAUGAUGGAGGGCACAACCUGGGAGGGCACCGGGGACGAAAAUAUCAGGAAAUACAUGGACACUGUCGGCAUCGAGGGAGAUUCUUGAUUUUGAUUUCUCAGCUGAACGGCCGGAAGUCAAUUGUGCUAUAUCCGUAA